AUGGCGUGUCCAGACCAAGUGCUCGACUUUGGGCGUAAUGAGCGCUUCAGCUACAUGGUGCAGCCCUUGUUGGGUCGCAACCUGGCAGAUCUACGCAAGUGCUCGCAGGGAGGCCGUCUUGAAAAACGUUCCGUCAGCUAUUUUGCUUGCGAAGCGCUUCAGGCCCUCGAAGCUACAUAUCGAAAGAUAUACCUGAUUGACUUUGGGCUCGCGCGGUUCUACAAGGACAACAACGGAGCAGUGCGGCCCCCUCGGCCGGUUGCGGCCUUUCGCGGCACUGGUCGUUACGCCAGCUUGGCUUCACAUAAUAAUCAAGAGCUGGCUCCACGAGAUGACUUAAUUUCAUUGCUCUACUCGUUGAUCGAGCUCAUCCUGGGCGCCUUGCCCUGGCGUCAUCUUCGUGACCGUGACGAGAUUCGCAAGCUCAAGGAGCAGUAUAGCUUGGAUGCGCUCACCCAGGGUCUACCUACGCCCUACGUCCACUUGGUGACCCAAGUAGCCAACCUGGGUUUUGCAGACCGGCCCGACUAUAGCGCUAUGAUUCGAGUUUUCAGCAUGGAUGCCACGGACUCGAAGAGGCGCUAUCCACCUCGGCGUGUGGCUUGGCGGCCUGACGAAGCCCUUGCUGCUCAGCACGGCCAACCGGUCGUGGGCGAGCGCGUGGUAGCCCAUGCCCAUGUUCGGUCUGCAUUAUCAUCCGGGCUGGCUGGUCUGCAGCUCAAGCAAGCUGCUGCCCAAGCUGCUUCACCUGCCCCUGCUGCGCCGGCUGUUGCCCCUGUGAAACCCAGUGGGCCUAAGAUGACACUUGCCGUGAAACAGAAGGAUUGCAAUGCUGACCCCCCGCUUCUGCCGAUUACAGAGCAACGGCCCACCCACAAGGGUCUGUUGCACGAUCGAGUGCGCCAAUUAGUCCAAGAUGAGGGCGAAGCUGCCGUAGCAUCCGGUGCUGGCGCCGAUCAUGGUGAUGAUGCAGCCAGACGUCGGGUCGAGGGUGGUACGCACGGCAAGGCGCGCGACCUUAAAGCAACCGCGAACACCAAAACCGGUCUACUUGAUAAUCCAGCACUGGCCACUGCGCGACGGGGCUCUAAUGCCAGCGCAGGGCGAUCGGGCCAACAUGCCUUUGCCCCAUCAUCAGCACUGCACGCCGUUCAGGCAACCCAAGGCGUGUCCAAGGCAACUUCGAUGCCUGGCUCGGAGCAUGACAGUGGAGCUGACGUGCCUGAUCCUGCGCCUGGCAGCACAUUUGUGCAGCAGGUCUUGAAAGAACCUGCACCCGUUGAAGUUUUGGAGGAGUCUGAUAGCCACUCGAACCUUUCAGUCGAUUCGCCAACGCCGCGGCAUGUCCAGCGGCUGCGGCGUGCAGGAGCGACCGCGCCGGCCAUCGGGCGCUGCUGUUCGACUCAGGUCCUCUCGCGCGUAAUGCUUGUCUGGGCGGCCUGCUGGAUCAACCCCCGCAUCAUGAACUCCCUGGCCUUUUACACCAUGACGUUUGCCUGGGCCGUCACUGAGGUGGUGCGCUACAACUGGUACUGGACCAAGCUCUUGCUUGGCGAUGCCCCUGGUUUUCUGACCUGGUGCCGCUACUCCUUCUUUGUCGUCCUCUACCCGCUCGGCGUCGCGUCGGAAAUUGCCUGCAUUCUUCAAGCCAUUGGCUACUAUGAUGCUCUGGCCGAGGAGCAGCGCGUACCGGAUGACGACGAAACUGCCCAGUUCCUCGCUCGCGUCGCUCUCACCUUCAACUACACCAUCAUGGCCUUCCUGUCUCUCUAUCCCAUCGUUUUUCCGGGUCUCUACAUGCACGUGUGGGCCCAGCGUCGCAAGGUCUUUGGCAAGCGCCGCCCUGCUCGCCCCGAGCCCACCGAGGGCAUCCAGUGGCCUGCCGACGCUACUGGCACUCGCAGUACAAGCUCGACGGGUCAAGCCGUGCUUGCACGCAGCGUCAUGGACGUGGAUCCUCAGGCAGCGGUGGCCGUCAUGAAGGAGCGCAACUGGCGCUUUGGCUACGGCAAGCAUUUCAUCGAGAACGUGCGCAUCUCGCUGCGCACUCCCGAGACUGCUCUCAAGGUUGCCCAAACGGGUCUCGACUACAUGCACAACCAGUUUGAGUUUGUUCGUGACGGCAAGGUCAUGUCCUUGGCCACUGCCAUGAGCACCAUCACGGCCAGCUUCCCGGGCACCAUGACCAUCAAGGGCUCGGGCAAACGCGACCCCGUGUACAAGGUGCCCUACCGUCGCAAACCUUACCCGGAGCAGUCUCCCCUUGAAGAUCUCACCGCGCCCGUGAUGCCAUUGCUGCCGUGGCAGACCACGACGAAUGGGUGGAUCUCAGCGACAAGUACUUUGUCCUUCUUGGUGCCGGCUCUGGUUCGUCCUGUACACCCAUAUCAGACAAGGUGUCUGGCGCACGCACCACCGCUGACCUCGCGCUUUGUGGUCCCUCGCCUCGCUGGCUGCAUGCUGCCCUUAGCCAUGGGCCCCUAUCUUGUCCUCAUGGCUCUCGGGGCCAACGUCAUUGCCCUCGACCUCGACCGCCCGCAAAUCUGGGAGCGUCUGAUCAAGGUGGCUCGCGAGAGUGCCGGUACCUUGAUCUUCCCGACCAAGAAACCCGUGGCUGAGCUGACUACGGACGAGCUGAUCUAUGCCAACGCUGGCGCCAACCUGUUCACCGACACGCCCGAAAUUUGCAACUGGGUGUCUGACCUCAUGCCCAAGGAAGAAUUUAUUGUUGGCGGGUGGUGUUUUGCUGUGUACGUGCAGCAAGUGAUUUACUUUGUUGUGCGCUUCAAUAGAUAUGCCUAUUUGGACGGCGAGAAGCAUGUGCGCGUCUCGCUUGCCAUGGAUGCCAUCAAGGCCGGUGUGAUCCGUCGCCGCAAGACGGUGACAACUCUGGCCUACCUCUGCUCGCCCACCGACGUCUUUGUGGUCAGCACGGAUGCUCGUGAUGCGGCCGCGGCCAACUACAAGAACCCUGGCUCGGUCAAGACAUUUGUCUCUGUCCUUCGCACUGUCAUGAAGAAGGCUUGCACCAAGAACGUCUUGCCCCUGGUUCAGGAUGCUUCCGGAACUCGCACCUAUGCCAUCAACGACGGUAUUGUUGUGCAGCAAGGUCCCAACUAUGCUUUGGCCAAGCGCCUGCAGCACUGGCGUGCCAUGGUCGCUCGCGCGGGGGGCUCUCGUGUGUCAUCCAACAUUGCCCCCUCCACGGCGACGCUGUCGGUCGUGCACAACAAGAGCUUUGCUGCAGCCUACGGAGGUUGGAAGCACUUCCCGGCCUUUGAGGUUGCUUGGCAGGAAACCUCCAACGCGGUCAUGGGGGCGCUGCUGAUCCACGACGUCCGCAACGAGCAGAGCAAGGCCAAUCCGUCCUUUGAGUUGUCGAACCAGCUUGAACAAUUUCGUUAUGGCUCCUUCCAUGGUGGCGUGUGGCGCUCGGGUUACAAGGUCGGCUCGAUUGGCGAGGCCUCGGCUCUGCUGUACUAUCUUAGCAUCUACCGCUCAACGCUCCUCGUGUUGCUGACUCUGGCUGCCAUCGCUAUUGCACCUUUCUUCGAUGUCUUCAAUGAGCCGCUGCAACAAUUUCUCCUUGAGUAUCGCCUGGACAAGCUCGUUGAUGAACAGUUCUUGAUCUUGCUGGGCACCCUUUUGUUCUUCCGCACCUUUGCGCAAAUUGCUGGCAAACGAUACAAGGCCGCGCCAUACUUUUUCAAAGUCAUUUGGUUUACCGGAGUGGUUAUCUGGCAAUGGAGCAUUCUGAGCCAGCAAUCGUGGCUGCCUUGGUACUUUGGUGGGCCCUACGUGCACGAUCCCACGCUGAAGCCGGAUCCCGUCUGGGCUAUUGACUAUGAUAUUGCCGUGCUUUACAAGGCUGGCUUUGCCUUCCAUUUGCACAACGCCAUCGUGGAUGCGGUCAUUGGUGCCAAGGUGGCCUUUUACAUUCACCACGUCAUCACCGUUCUGCUGAUUGCGUCUUCUUUCAGUCAAGGCUACCUGCGCUGUGGCUCGCUUGUUUUCUUUGUUCACGACAUUCCCGACAUCUUUGUCUCCUUGACCCGAGCCAUGAUUGCCAUCAACAGCCCAGCCAUGUCUGCGGUUGCCGGCUCCAUGUUGUUGCUGUCAUGGUUUGUCUGCCGUCUCGGAUACAUGGCUAUGCUGGCAACCGAAGUGGCCUACACCUCGCGCUUCGACACCACGGAGAUGACCUGCUUUCUCACUAUGCACUGCGGCCUGAUCGUUCUUCACGUCUACUGGUUUUUCUUGAUCAUCCGCAUGUUCAGCAACUUUGGCAAAUCAGGGGGCCGGAUGCCCUACGACACGACUUUGUGGCACCUGAUACAACUGCUGAGCCACCGACCUGGCACAACCAACUCCCGUACAUGCAAAGGUUUGUUAUCGACACCUGGAGGCUGGGAGGCCAGCGCGAUUUUCGUCCGCCAGUGUCAUGCAGUUGUGGCUCACGAUGAUCAUGAUCAUGCUAAUUUUGGGACAAAUUGGACCAACAGCUUACUGGUGCAGAAUGCCUCUCAAGCGCGCUUGUUUGAGUUUUGGGCUGAUGCGCCCACCACGACGCUGCAGCGGCUCAAAGGGUUGACUACUGGUGGACUCCCGACGUUCUUGGAUCUGGAUAGCAAUUUUGCCGGUACUGCCAUCACCGAAGACAACCUCAUCGACCAGCUGAAACGUCAAGGCAAGCGGCUAGCCUUUGUCGGAGAUGACACCUGGGAGGGCCUUUUCCCUACUCAGUUCGAUGAGAUGCAUCCCUUUCCCUCCUUCAAUGUGCGAGACUUGGAGACGGUGGAUCUGGGUGUGCGACGUCAAAUGCCGAGUUUCCUUGCUGACCCCUCGUUGCAGGUCAUUGUGGGUCACGAACUGGGCGUCGAUCACUGUGGCCAUCGUUUUGGCCCUAGCCACCCGGCCAUGGUGCGCAAGCUGCGCGAGGUGGAUGAUCAUGUAGCACGAAUCAUCCAGUCACUGACUCCAUCAGACUUGCUGCUCAUCCUGGGCGACCAUGGCAUGACAGCCUCGGGUGACCAUGGUGGCGACAGCACUGCAGAGCUCGGCGCGGCUCUGUUUGCGUACGCUCCUGGUGGCCUGAGCUCGCCACCCUCGACACUAGCACGGAGGCGUGUGGAUCAGCUUGAUUUACCCGCAACUGUGGCCUUAGCGCUGGGUGUCCCCAUCCCUUUCAACUCGCUGGGACGAUUCAUUUGGGAUGUGCUGCCGCACAACGCCACACAAGCUCAGCUUGUUGAAACGGCCGGCAUCAAUGCUGCUCAGAUUGUGCGUGUAGCCACGCCCUUCUCCAACAGUUUGGUGGUGUACGAAGACUUGCAGGUUGCCUUUUUGGCAGCCUCGCUGGUGAUGCUACAAGCAACGCGGUCCUUGCCUUACACAACAAGCCUUAAGCACCGCCUGGGCUUGGUUGGGGCUUUGGUUAUAACGCUGGCUGCACUGCGUCUUGGGCAAGUGUUCCGGUACGAUUUUCGGCGCCGAUGCGUGAUUGACUGA